AUGAUUGACAGCUCUUCACUGCAGUCACGUAAUCUGGAAACAAUGCAGUUCUUGCAAUCGCAUCCUUAUAUGUCUAUCAAAGCAGUCAUAUUCGAUAUGGGAGGUGUGUUGAUAGAAGCACCCUACGGGAUUUGGAGAGGACCUACAAAACCAUUAUUCAGAUCUAUGGAAAAGAAACUGGAAUUCGACAGAGGCUCUCUAAUGAGGGCUCUGCUUACUCCACCAGUAAGAGACCAUUUUGAAGCACUGGAAAGAGGUGAAACGACCGCGGAAGAUUUUGAUCCACUUUUCACACAGUAUUACAACAAAAAGUAUGGACGCAGUGAAGAGCACAUUCCAAUGUUUUCGACCAUCAUUAAAGGACUUUACAAUACCAAAAUUAUUCCAGAAAUGGCCGCUUUACUAAAGGAUUUACGAUCAGCAGGCUGCAAAACAGCUCUUCUUACAAAUAAUUUCUAUGCCGACCGAGCUCGACUUAUACCAACAGUUCCAAAGGGGAUUGAAAAUUAUUUUGACGUGAUGGUAGAAUCAUGUAGGGCUGGUAUGCGGAAGCCGGAAGAUGCUAUCUACUUACACGUAUGCGGUCAGCUACAGCUGAAACCUGAACAAUGCAUGUUUCUCGAUGAUCUCGGAAUCAAUCUCAAAGCGGCGAGAGCUUUGGGAAUAACAACAAUCAAGGUCACUUCUCCACCUGAAGCAGCUGAGGAAGUGAGGAAUGCUUUGAGAGGUCUAUUCAAGCUUCCAUAAUCAAAGCAAAGAUUAGGAAAGCAGUAUUGUGCAUAGUUAUGAAACUUUCAAAUGAUCUUCAAAUUCUCAGAAAGGCAAUAAGCAAAUUAAAUGUAGAAAUUUUGUUCUUAUCAUAAACAGUUCUUUCCUUUUAUCCAAGCAACCUGGAGCUGCCAUGGGGUUUUAGAAAUUCUAUUUGAUGACCUUUUUGCGGGCUUUCCUAGACUGACGCUAAUUUGCAG